GUGUGUUCUGGGCUUGACUUUUGUCGUCGUCUGCCUUGCUGUUUGUGCUUCGCUGCUUUCUUGCCUGACCGCUAUAUAUGAAACCAACACACACACACACACACACACCAGCACAUUGAGCGAUCGAUCAGCACGCGCCCAGCUCACCCACUGUCUCAUCGGCUCACGUGCGUUGCUUAUUUGCAUCCCACACUUCCGUCAGCACCCAAGCACUUGUUGAGUUGCUUGCCACUCCCAGCUGCUGGCUCGCAAACGUGUAAACACUGGACAACAUGCACGCCACAGCAACAACUCCGUCAGCACGACCGGCGCGUGCAUUGAUACACGCCGCAAGUGCCGAUAAGGCAAGUGAUAGCACCGCGAAGAUGCCUGGACAACAGGUGCUGGUGCGCGAACAGGGCGGACAGGGCCGCCCGCACUUUGUCCCCCAUGACGAAAUGCGGCUGGACAUGGAGCAGCUCAAGAUCGCGUUGGGGUCGUGGACAGCCGUGGUGGAGUUGGUGCCGACGUGGCACGAGGUCUUCUUCGCAGAGCUGUUUCAGGCACACCCGGAGACAGAGCGUUUGCUCUAUUCGUCCGACAAGAGCAAAUCGUGGAACGAGCGGCACAUGGCACGCGUCGGCAAGUCUGUUGGGGAUGUGAUCAAAAGUCUUUCCAACUACGACGACGUCAUCGAACACCUUACGACUGGCGAACCUCAUGAGCAAGCAUGUUGCUUGACCGACGGUUAUGUUAUUGGAACAGGCCUUGGGAACACGCCACGCUCGCUAUGGCUUGCAUGUGGAUCAACUGGAUUUGUUCAUCAACGCUUUUCUUUGGACCUUGGGUGCUGGACUUGGUGACAGCUGGGACCACAGCGUCAAAAAGGCAUGGAUGCAUGUUCUGCCCUUCAUCUUGUCGCCACUCAAGUCAGGGCUGGUUGUUGCCCGCACACUGCGCAACGACUACAACACCAGCGGCUGCCUCCGUUGCAGACGCCUCUUGAUCCCGCUGCACGGCCGCAGGCUUCGCCCCAUCACCGUGUCCCUGGUCUAGGGAUGUUAUUUCUGUGUGCGUGUGCGUGCGUGUGUGUGUUGGGUGGUGUGUGUGUGUGUGUCGGUGUGUGUGUGUGUCUGUCUCUCUCUCUCUCUGUCUCUCUCUCUG